CGACAAGGAACGGAAGCGCGUUGAUGAGCUGUUGAGGUCCGUGACUCGGCGUGGAAACUGAACUUGAACUUGACGCGGUCGGCGCGACGGCGUCGACGCCGUCUUCAUGAUCACAUGAGAGUCUACGCGUCUCGCGAGGGAAGUUUCGCGACAAAGUCCGUUCCACACAGGUUGGAGGCGCUCGGACUGUCACCGCCCAAGCCGAAGGUUCGUCCCAAGAAAUCAUUGUGGAGGCGUGUGUUUGGUUCUAGGAAGGUGAUACUGGAUCGACCUUUGAAAGACGAACCGCAGUGUCCGACGCAACGGCGGCUACGGGACAAGGUCCGGACCAAGGGCCUCGCGCCCCUGCCGGCCAUCUCGACGAUCAUCAAGGACGACUUCAGCACGCACGCGGAUCACGUCGUCCUGAAGCCGAAGAAGAAGCGCUUCGAGCCGGGGAAGCCUCUGGACCUCUCGAAGGCGAUCUGCUACGACUCGGACGAGUCGUCGGAGGGGGACUUGUUCGACGACCUCGAGGUGCUCGGGGAGGAGGGCUAAGUGUGUGGUGUGUUUUU